UACGCUGCGAAUGGCGGAGACGCUGAGGCGGGUGCUCAGCUCAGGCAGCGCGGCUGGGACCGGGGAGGGGAACACAACUGAGGUCGGACCGCCUUUGCUGCUGCUCGGUGGCCCAGGCUCUGGAAAGACAGCGCUGCUAUUCGCAUCGGCCCUGGAGGCGGCAGGGGAGGGUCGAGGCCCAGUCCUUUUCCUGACCCGGAGGCCUUUGCAAAGCCUGCCCCGCGGGACUAGAGCCCCUCUCGAACCGCUGCGGCUACAGAAGAUCCGCUUCCAGUACCCACCCUCAACCCGUGAGCUCCUCCGGUUCCUGUGCUCUGCCCAUGAGGCCCGGGGGCCAGUCCCCUCUCUCCUGCUGCUCGACGGCCUGGAGGAGUACCUAGCAGAAGACCCCGGGACCCAGGAAGCUGCCUACCUGGCUGCCCUGCUUCUGGACACAGCUGCCCACUUCAGCCAGGUUGGGCCUGGCGGGGGCUGUGGGCUCAUUGUGGCCCUCCAGACCCAGGAGGGAGACAGUGGGGAUGCCCUGCAGCUUGCGCUGCUCCAGAGGUAUUUCCCUGCCCAGUGCUGGCUGCAGCCGGAUGCACUGGGCCCAGGUGAGCACUGCCUCCGAGCCUGCCUGGAGCCAGGUGGGCGGGGCCCUAGGGCAGAGUGGUGGGUGGCUUUCCGACCAGAUGGAGAGAUGACAAUCACCCCAUGCCCCCACCAGCCUAGUGACCCCAGCUCAGACAAGGGUUCAAGCUCUGGAGGCCAGCCUUGAGCUUUGGUGUGUGACAAGCUCUCUGUGCCUCAGUUUCCCAUGACUGGAAUACCUACCUCAGGGACAUGAGCAGAUUCAAAGACCUAAAGAUUAUAAAGUGCUUUUUUCUCUUGUAAACAUAGCAUUUUCACAUCCAUAUUGUGCCCAGUCAAUGUGUUGUUUAAUUUUGCUGUUUUGAACUUUAUAAAAAGAGUUUCAUGAUAAAUGUAAUCUUCUUAGACUUCCUUCUUCUCCUACUCAGCAUUGUCACUAAGAUAGGGCCACAUUUUUUUCACUCACUCCUUUUUCCCUACUGCAUAUAAUUCCGUGGGUGACUAUACCCCAAUUUACUCAUCAGUUUGGCUUACUUACUGCUAUUAACAUUCUUGCAGACAUGUCCUGGUUCAUGUAUUCGAGGGGUUUUAGGGUAGAUACCUAGAAGUGGGAUUGCUGGGUAUGUUCAUAUGUUCAGCUUUCCUAGGUUAUGUGAAACUUUAAAAAAAUGGUUAAACCCAAACUCCCAAUUCUAGCCACUUGAUGACAUUCGGUGUCAUCAGAGUGCUUUCUUAGAACAGGGCUGAUUCAGAAUAAAGCCUUAUGAAUGCAUGUUAUUGUUGUUAUUAGUGGCAGGGACUAGCUGGCGUUUCAUUAAACAGCUUUUCUCUCCUGGGUGCACAGCUAAACUACAUUUCCCAGCUGUCCAUGGUUCUGUUAGAGGAGCCAGAUAGUUAGAUAUGAGCAGAGAAAGGAGGACACAGGCCAAAUGGCAGGAAUUGGGCAAAAAUGGAGGAGCACAGGCCAAAUGCAGAAAACCAUACAGCAUGUAAACAACAGGGGUCCCUGGGCAGAGAAGGAAAAGGAGGAACCUCUGGGCUGAUAAGAAACCACACAUUUUGGGGUGACAAGUGGCCUGGAGGCCAACAAAGAAAGGUGGGAAAAGGCAAGAAUCUCUAGUGUCCGAAUGUAACCUUUUGCAACUUAUGCCCUCAUUACAAUAAAAUUAGCUUUGCAGAUAAGAAGUACCUAUCAUGCGCCGAUGCCAUGACACUUCCGAUCCAAACUAAAUAAGGAUAAAAAUCCAUCUUCCCUUUGGGAAGGUGUAGUUGGGAUGAAAAUCAGGGAAUACAAACCCAAACCCUUCCCUCCCCAGUGAAUAGUCUGCUGAUUCAUUUUUACGCUCUAUGUAACCAACUUGCCAAAGAAACUCAGGGCAGCCACUCACUUGAGCCUGCCUGCUCUCCCAAGUGUACUAUCUAUCCUUUAAUAAAUCCCCAUUUUACUUUCUUAA